AUGAGUGGAUUUCGUCUUCUUGACUUGGUCAAGUUCUUUGUCCCAAUAUUACCAGAAAUAGAAUCUCCUCUUGACAAUCAAAGCUUCGAUGAAAAAAUCGUUUUCACUGUUGCCAGUGGUAUAAUCUUCAUUUUAGCACAAUUCCCAUUAUACGGAUUAAUUCCAAAUGCUUACUUGGAAAUCCAGGACCCCUUCUUCUUCAACAGAUCUAUCUUCGCCAUGGAAAAGGGUACCUUGUUAGAAUUGGGUUUGUUGCCAGUUAUCACUGCUUCCUUCUUGUGGCAGGUUGCUGCAGGUCUUAAGUUGGUCAAGGUCAACUUCAACUUGAGAAGCGACCGUGAAUUAUUCCAAACUGGUCAAAAAUUGACUGCAUUUGCCUUGGCCGCCGUUUAUGGUUUGGGUUUGAUUGCUUCCGGUUAUUAUAACAACGUUAUCAAAGGUUUCGAACCAACCGAUGCUGCUCCUUUCCCAUCAUUAUCGAUCUUGGGCCUUAUCUUAUUGCAAAUUGUCGCUACUUCUUCCAUUGUUACUUUAAUGGUUGAAAUUUUCGACAAGGGCUACGGAUUUGGAAGUGGAUGUCUCUCCUUUAUUGCACUUCAAGUUGCUACCACUUUCGUUCGUGAUAUUAUCAGUUUUGAAAGCUAUGCCAAGGGUGAAGUCUCUCAAACUUACGGUGCCCUUGCAUCGAUCUUCGUCUCCCUCAAGGAUUUCAAGUUCAACACCGAAUCUCUCGCAAGAACUGACUUGCCUAACGUAAUUCAAGUAUUGAUUGUCCUUUUCACCAUUUUGGUCGUCAUUGGAUUCCAAAACUUCAGAAUUGAGUUACCUAUUAGAUCCACCAAGAUGCGUGGUAUGGCCAACGUUUUCCCAAUCAGAUUGAUGUACACCGGUGUCUUGCCUGUUAUCUUUGCCUUCACUGUGGUUACCAACUUACAAGUUCUUGGAUACUCUUUAUCCAGUGUAUUAAGUGCCUUCACUUCAUCCACCAUUGCCAGCUCUGUAAUUGGAUCUUGGACCUUGAAUGCCAAUAACAACAAUCUUGAAUUAACUUCUGGUUUAUUGUACUUCUUAUCCCCAGCCACCUCAGUGUUUGGUACUUUGAUUUCUCCAAUUAGAUCAAUUGUUUACUCAAGCACCAUUGUUGUUAUUUCAUGCUGGUUCGCCAACUUUUGGUCUAAAAUCUCUGGAUCUGCUCCAAAGGACAUUGCCAAGCAAUUUAAAGAACAAGGUAUUACAAUCGCUAGUAAGAGAGAUGUUUCCAUCACCAAGGAAUUAUCUAGAGUUAUCCCAGUUGCCUCUGUCAGUGGUGCCUUUGUUUUAGCUUCCAUUGCUAUUGCAGGUGAUUUACUCGGUGGUUUAGGUAAGGGUGUUGCCGCAGUGGUCGGUGUUUCCGCUGCUUUUGGAGUUUUAGAAGAAUUCACCAUGGAAGUCCAACAAUCUGGUGCAGGCUCUCAAUUUGCAGGUGCAUUCGGAGGUAAAUAG